UGCACUCCUUUGCCUUACAUCUAUUUGUCUGUGAGUUUAUUUGUGUACCACCAGCUCUGCCUUCCCCUGUGUUCAGCCUCUAUCUGUUGCUGAGCUCACCAGCACUCACUGUCAGCAUUAAUCUCUCUUACUCUGAUCCAAACGGACUCACAAUGGUCGUUCCCUGUUGUGGCACCACUCAUGUCGUGUCGCUCUCCAACCCUGCAUGAAGCCAUCUCCAGGGGAGGAGAUUACUCUACUCUAAAGGGAGACUUGGCUGAAUCAUGUCUUCGGGGGUAUUAUGUAACACUCUCUACGAGGAUGGCCACGUGGCCACAGGGCUCACCUGUGUUUAGAAUGACCAUCUGACCCUCUCCAUCCAAAGCCCCUCUGCAACACACGGACAUGCUGAAAAGACCUCCAAGAGUGAAUCUACAUCUCCCACAGCUCUGGAUGUGAGGGGGAAUUGUGUCAGUGUUAUGAGGAAGACGUGGGAGUCUGAUGGCAGGAAAUAGCACCGAGAUGUGCAAACGAAUGACUAAUACCGGACUGGCUACAAAUUACCAUGUUUAUGUGCUGUACUUACUUCCUAUUUUCUUCCUGGUUACACAGGUGCAUCAGCAAAUCAUACUCCCCAUGUGUGGGUGAGGAGAAGUAAAGCUGGGAUUGCAUCUCUGUUGACACCUCCGCAGAUUCAGCGUGAGGCAGGGAGAGAGAAACACACAGACGUGCAGACAGAAUGAAUAGAUAGAGGAGGACAGAGGGAGCGAGGGAGAGGCAGAGACGGUGAGAGAAGAGUGAAAGAGACACAGAAGAUAUAUUUGACUAUGUGGGUGUGUGAAGUAUCAAGGCAUGCAUCAUAAUUGUGGAUCCCUCUUGGAGCAGCCGCACGUAUCAGCGCAGCAGCAGGACGUUGUUGGUCGCACAAAGUGUGUUAUUUUGUACUUUAUAACAGCAGGAGCAGUGGGCGCCGAGAGCCACACAAGAGACAUUUUCAAAGACAAAAUGGAAACUGUUGUGUUUCUGCUGCCUCAAGGAUUUCAUCAGCUGGGAUUAUAAAGGGAAAUACUUGCACUAGUUGAAGGGACGCAGAGUGAGAAAUGAUGACGCCUCUUCACUGUCAAUAAUCAAGAUUUCAAGACAACAAAUACAUCUGAGAUGGCCGUCAGCCCUAUCAUCAUCUGCCUCCUGUCACUGAUUGGCUAUGGCUCAUCCCAUCCGUCGCCUCCUCCUCCUCCUCGGGGAUGCAGUCAGGAUGUGGACCCCCCAUACAGAGUCCUGUGUGACCUGGAGGCAGUCUGGGGUGUGGUUCUGGAGGCCGUGGCCUGCAGUGGGGGCCUCAGCUCUCUGGUCCUCGCUGUGCUCCUGCUCGUCAAGAUGCGCUCCAUUUGUGACCCCGCCAGGCGCUCCGGCCUGGGGCCUCUCCUCCUGCUCCUGGGCACGCUCCUCGGGCUCUUCUCCAUCUCUCUGGCUUUCCUGGUUGGGAAGAACCAGGCGCUCUGUGUGGUCCGCAGGGCAUUCUGGGGGCCCCUCUUUGCCCUCUGCUUCUCCAGCUUGCUGGUGCAGGGAGUGAGGCUCAGGAGGCUGGUGGCGGGCAAGACGAGUCCAUCGGGCAGCUCCCUGGCAGCCCUCGGUCUGGCCUUGGCCUUGGUACAGGGGAUCAUCUCUGCUGAAUGGGUCCUGCUGACUGUAGUUAGGGAGGGUCAUCCGGCCUGCGAAUACCCACCUUUAGACUUUGCUCUGACGUGCAGCUACACCCUGGGGCUGCUCCUUAUAGCCAUGGGGCUCUCUCUGGGGGUGGUGCUGUGUGGAGGAGAGCUGGGAGGAGAGGGAGCAGGUGGGAAUGAAGAAGAUAGAGAAGGAGAGAGUGAAAAGCGGAGAUGGAAGUGUAACGCUGUGUGGCUCUUCCUGUCCAGUCUGGCAUCAGCACUGCUGUGGGUGGCCUGGUUGGGCUUUUAUCUUUACGGCAGCCAGGCGCUGAGGUUAAAGAGUAAAGGGGAUAGGUCAGGAGGAGGAAAGAAGGAUGCAAAGGUGUUGGAUGAGCCUGCGCUGGCGGUAGCUCUGGUCAUUCAGGGCUGGAUCCUGUUGCUGUUCCACGCUAUUCCAGAGGCGCACCUGUGUCUCCGGAAACCCCCGCAGUCCAACACCCAAGACUUCUUCGACACCAGUCACACGUCCCCUCCUCCACAUUUUGGAGAUGAGCUGCCUGCACACUCUCACCGACCCUUCCCGGAAAACCAGGCCUUUUCUAUGGAGGAGCACGGUGCAACUCUUCGAACUGGAACGUACCACAGCAGCCAAGGGAGUGUCCGUCCUGGCAUCGCCUUCAGAGGUCACGUCUACCAGCCCACUGAGAUGGCUCUGGUCAUGAAUGGUGGAACAAUGCCCACAGCCCCAGUUAACUACACUGGACGGCGAUUAUGGUAAUGUGGGACGACGGUUGAAGAGGAUACACCUGUGUAAUGCUGGUGUGAGAUAAUAGAAUAUCCUGUUGCCUAACAAGAAGAUAUUAAGGACAUCACAUAUCACAUGGUGUGGUUUUGAUGGGAGCUUCAUAUGUUUAAUGUGUUUGUGUUUCUGCACACAUGUAUGAAUACUAUUUUUGCUUAGGUUUUCUGGGUUGCCUCUAUCGGCAGACUAGACAUGAAAUCGCAAGAAAGGGAGGGAAAAAAGAUGCAGCUUCCACAUUUUAAGAUAUUUUGUCACAAAGCGAGGGCAUUUACGGUGCAUUACUUUGGUCUGCACAGAUCAGCACAUAUAGUCUUAACUCUUAUAUAUAAAUAUACUGACAAGGAGCGUCUCAGCUGCUGUGAGAAAGUCAAAAUGAAAGGAUAAUUUCAGCGAAGUGAACAUUUGCCUAAAGCAGUUCUAAACGAAUGCUGUCACUUACUGAUGCAAUCAGUGAUGUUUGCUUCUGAGACCUACACUUUCCCUCUCUUUCUGUUGGGCAUCAAGCUACAACUCAGUAAAAACAGCCUCUAGGUUGUUCAUGUAAAUUAUCUGCAUACGCCCACAAAGCUUGCUUGGCCUCUGUGUUACAUGCACGAAAGACCCAAAGGCCUCAUAGUGUUUUUCUCUUGGUAUCUCCAGUCCAUUAUCAGUGCUAUUGGACAGUUUGGCACAUUUCACUAUCUGUAUUGAUAAAUAUCUUGUGUUUAAGAGAGCUUGCACACAGUUUUAGAGGAUUGUGUGAUGAUUUAUGAAGGUUAAAGAUGAGUCUUCUUCUAAUGGAAGGGUGUUAUUUAAUAAGCAUAUCAUAAAAAGCCAUUUAAUACUGCCAAACCUGUGCUGCAGUAUGUAGGGUUUACUGGUGGAGGUUGUAAUUUUGCACUUUAUCAGCGCCGAUCAUGUCUGGGCAUUGUGAUAUUUGAGAUUUUUGAUCCUUUGAGAUGCAUGUAAAAGCACAGUUUAAAGGUGAUGUAUUUUGUCAAAAUUACUGUAUUUUGAGUGUUUUCUAGACUUUUGAUAUACGUUUUGAAGAGAAAAGCAGUGUUGAGUGUCAAGGCUCAAUCUUGACACUGGAGACAGCAGUCGACAAAACAAUCUUAAGUGCUCAGAAAAUGGAAAUUUAAACAUCUGCAAUUCAAUGACCACUGGGCAAAACCUAUCUGCGGAGGAAGACCACGUGGUAUGACUAAAGGCGCUGGAACAUCUACCUUAAGGGUGGAGUUUCUUUUCACUCAUGUUUUCUAAUUUUACUUUGGAUUCAAUCAGGCUUUUGAUUGUUAUCUACAUUUCGUUUGCGGUGUAUAGCAACAUGUCAUAGAGCUCUGCAGGGAUGACGUAUUUUUGUAGGCUAACCUGGAAGUUAGCAUAGUUCUGAUUCCCUCGACAAAAAAAAAACAAUGGGAUUUGUGAAAAUAAUUUUUGGAUUAUUUUUUAGUUUACAAUAAUAACACAUUUUGUUCACCAAAACAAUCUUUACAAAUCUCCAGCAUUUUUAUCAUUUUAUGAAGCAUAAAUGGAAUCAACAUGGGUAAAAACCUAAUGGCAGGCUAUAAACAAACUACACUAGGGUCGCAUGACUGCAAUGAUGCUGUCACUAAGCUUCCUACUAUACUACUAAACACACUUCACCACAUAUUGAUCAAUCUCUGGGUUGGAAAGUUAGAGCUUGAAUCCUUUAUAACUAAAGUUAACCUAUAAAGGCCGACUAUUGAGUAGAUGAGUCUCUGUGUUUGGCAAGAUUAAGUUUUAUGUCCCAGACAAGUUCUGUACUCUCAUUUAGCCACUUGUUAGCACAUGUAAUCUCUUUAUUAUUCACAAGUUGGGUAUUUACUGAAAUAUUUUCCGUUGUAGAAUGAACAUAUCUUCAGCUUAUUUCAACCAGACCUUUUUUCAAGCAUCUAACUGCAAACCCAUUAAAAAACCCCAUUGACUUCCAGACGAGGGAACCAGAUGUUCAAGAACUUAUUUCCAGGUUUUGGGACUAAUUCCUACAGCACUCUAUACUCUGGCAUGUAGGAGACCUUUAAAUUUUUAAUUAGAAUAAAUAGAGACAAAGCAAUCAGUCAUUCAUCACUGUGAAUUUAACUUGAACAGAUUUAAAGGCAUGUAUACAGUUUAUAUCAGUGGCACCGCAAAGUUUGACAAAAUCCAGACAGAUUUCUUGUUGGCAGCCACUGUUCAAAUGCACUGGCAAUUGAACUCAGGCAAAACGACUAAAAAAAAAUCCCCUCAUAUUUAGACUGGAGGGUUGCAGUUUCCAUCUCCUGAGCAUCACUGAAUUCAGUGCAGGAUGAUUUUUCCAGUUCAAAAACAAAUCAAAGAACAGUCGCCAUGUUCAUGUUGUGACCAUGUACUCUUGCUAUAAGACUAAACUAAAUAACCAAGUUGUCAACAACUUUGCUUUUGUGUACACUGGUGUGCUCUGAUAUUGUACAAUGAAAAUAUUAUCAAAGGAUUUUUAUGUAUUAACCCUAUAUAACUGAGUUUAUUCUUGUAAAUAAUCCAAAUGUGAAAACCCAAUGGUAUUAUUUUCCUUCAGAGAUGCUCUUAUGAUGACAGCACCGUCACUGUUUUAUGGCAGCGUAACAUGAAUGUCUGUAAUGUGAUUUGCACAAAGUGGCUAAUACAUCAGUGCACAUUUUCUGUUA